GACUCGGGUAUGAAGUCCGGACCGAAAGCUCAACUCCAAGAUGCUUCCGUCUGAAUCUCAGCGUUCUUCCUCCCGGAACCAAAGGAGUGGUUUGACCUGGGAGAAACCGUCGUCAUCGACCGUGGGAGUGGAUGGAGGAAUCGGCCUGCAGGCUGCAGUGGUGGUUUCGCUUGCUGCGUGUGGCAGUGCGACUGCACAGAGCUUGAAGCCCUUGGGGAGGGCGGGACCGAGCCAAAUUGGGUCUGGGGUCUGGGGCUUGGGUGCGAAAUUCUAAGGUGAAUUCUUAAACCCCUUAAAAUGUCUGAUGACGUUUUCUCACGACGACCAGGAGAUGCAGCUCUCUCCCAUGGUUCCUUGUUGCCCUUAAUGUUCUACGCCAUCUAGAAAAAAAAUGUCUGAGGAUCACCCCAUUAUCCCAAGUUCACCCUAAUCUCUUUCCAUGAUUUCACAGUGCGUUUACACCAGUAAUCUGUUUGUGAGCCCUCAGUAGUUAUCAGGAGGCCUAUGGCAGCUGCGCAGUCCUACCUCAGCCCACCUUGAAAAAAACCGUAGGCAACAUGGAACCACCACGAAACCCUCCUGUUAGUGGGGCUGAGCCAUCUCGGGCAGUUGGCACUGUCAAAGUAUACCUGCCUAACAAGCAACGCACGGUGGUGACUGUCCGGGAAGGCAUGACUGUCUAUGACUCUUUGGACAAGGCCCUCAAGGUGCGGGGCCUCAAUCAGGACUGCUGUGUGGUCUACAGACUCAUCAAAGGAAGAAAGACAGUCACUGCCUGGGACACAGCCAUUGCACCUUUGGAUGGUGAAGAGCUCAUUGUGGAGGUCCUGGAAGAUGUGCCGCUGACCAUGCACAAUUUUGUCCGGAAGACGUUCUUCAGCCUGGCCUUCUGUGACUUCUGCCUUAAGUUUCUGUUCCAUGGAUUCCGCUGCCAGACCUGUGGCUACAAGUUCCACCAGCAUUGUUCCUCCAAGGUUCCCACCGUCUGCGUUGACAUGAGUACCAACCGCCGACAGUUCUACCACAGCAUCCAGGAUUUGUCUGGAGGCUCCAGGCAGCAGGAGGCUCCCUCAAAUCUCUCUGUGAAUGAGCUGCUAACCCCCCAGGGUCCCAGCUCCUUUCCCCAGCACCGUGACCAGGAGCACUUCUCCUUCCCUGCCCCUGCCAAUCCCCCACUGCAGCGCAUCCGUUCCACAUCUACUCCUAACGUCCACAUGGUCAGCACCACAGCUCCCGUGGACUCCAGCCUCAUGCAGUUUACUACUCAGAGCUUCAGCACCGAUGCUGCUGGCAGAAGUGGUGGUGACGGAGCCCCUCGGGGUAGCCCUAGCCCAGCUAGUGUGUCUUCAGGGAGGAAGUCCCCACAUUCCAAGUUACCUUCAGAACAGCGGGAGCGGAAGUCCUUGGCAGAUGAAAAGAAAAAAGUGAAGAACCUGGGGUACCGGGACUCAGGCUAUUACUGGGAGGUGCCACCCAGUGAGGUACAGCUGUUGAAGAGGAUCGGGACAGGCUCUUUUGGCACUGUGUUUCGGGGGCGUUGGCAUGGCGAUGUAGCUGUGAAGGUACUCAAGGUGGCCCAACCUACCGCUGAGCAGGCCCAGGCCUUCAAGAAUGAAAUGCAGGUGCUCAGGAAGACACGACAUGUCAACAUUUUGCUGUUCAUGGGUUUCAUGACUCGGCCAGGGUUUGCCAUCAUCACACAGUGGUGUGAGGGUUCCAGCCUCUACCACCACCUACAUGUGGCUGACACGCGCUUUGACAUGGUCCAGCUCAUUGACGUGGCCCGGCAGACUGCCCAGGGCAUGGACUACCUCCACGCCAAGAACAUCAUUCACCGAGACCUAAAGUCCAACAAUAUCUUCCUACAUGAGGGGCUCACAGUCAAGAUUGGUGACUUCGGCCUGGCCACGGUGAAGACACGGUGGAGUGGGGCCCAGCCCUUAGAGCAGCCCUCGGGGUCUGUGCUAUGGAUGGCAGCUGAGGUGAUCCGUAUGCAGGACCCGAACCCCUACAGCUUCCAGUCGGAUGUCUAUGCCUAUGGUGUUGUGCUGUAUGAGCUUAUGACCGGCUCACUGCCCUACAGCCACAUUGGCAGCCGUGACCAGAUCAUCUUUAUGGUGGGCCGUGGCUAUCUGUCUCCGGACCUCAGCAAAAUCUUCAGUAAUUGCCCCAAAGCCAUGAGGCGCCUGCUGACUGACUGCCUCAAGUUCCAGCGGGAGGAGCGGCCCCUAUUUCCCCAGAUUCUGGCCACGAUCGAGCUACUGCAGCGGUCACUCCCCAAGAUUGAGCGGAGUGCCUCCGAACCAUCCUUGCACCGCACCCAGGCUGAUGAGUUGCCUGCCUGCCUUCUCAGCGCAGCCCGCCUUGUGCCUUAGACCCUACUCCCAGCCCACCAGGGAGCCAAUUUCAGCCUACCAUGCCAAGGCACCCCUACCUACCAGCCAAUCAUUGUUCUGCCUCUGCCUUGAUAAUUGCCUCAGGAUUCCUUAUCCCACACCCUGGGAAAUUUGGGGGACUCUAAAAACUGAGGUCCCCUGCUUUCUCCAUAAUUUGGUCUCCUCUUGGCUUUGGGGAUAGUUCUAAUUUGAAGAGCUGUUUUGUCUCCAAUGGCUGGGAUUCAGUGCAAGGAUUCCACUCAGAACCUCUUUCUAAAGUUUUUGCCUGAUGUGUCUUCACUGGAUUUUGGGGUUCCCAGCACCCCAUUUGGAUUUGGGGGUUUCCCUUUGUCUCCGCCACUAUUCAAGGACUCUCCUCUUUACCAAGAAGCACAGAAUUCUGCUGG